UUAAUUUUUAAAAUGCAGGGUAGCUAGUAAAAGGAUUAUGACCUGUUGGAUCAUAUAGUUUUUAGAGAGUAUAGUGAAAAAGUAAGAGAAAAGCAUAGGCAUAGACAUUAGAGUAGAAUAACUAUGGAGAUAAAGGAGAGAAUUAGUGAUUUGAUAUCUUAAUAGACUUAAUGAUUUUCAGAAGAGUGAGGUGGUGGUUUGUUUCGUUUGUUCAAAUGAUUCUCAGGGAGAAAUAGAACCAUGUCUGAUGGGUCUUUCUUCUUGUUUGUUUCCUUCUAUGAGUGUCUCUCUUUUCUAUGGUUUCAAAUUGCUACUUCUCUUUCCCCUUCUUGCAGAAGGCUGGAUUGAUGCGAGAGGAUGCAGCACGAGACCGCAUGAGAGAUCUUGGGUUUCAGGAGCGUGUCAUCACUCAGAGUAUUAAGGAAUUGCUCGAGGUCUAUGGUGAAGACCAAUGGUUUUUGAUUGAAGAUGAAAGCUAUGCUUCCCUCCUUUCUAUUUGUCUUGAAAAGCAAGAGAAAGUAAACCAACAACUGGCUGUGGUACAAGCCAACCAAUUGCCUGGGAAUCAAAAUGAAGAGAUGGCUGAGGAUCAGAACCAAGAAAUAGCUGGGAAAGAACAACCUAACCAACUGGUUCAAGAACAAGAAGAAGAAAAUGAGCAGGAGCAGGUGCAGGACAUGGAUGUUGAGCAUGAAAGAGACCAAGCUCAUGAGUUAUCAAUCACUAGCGAAGCAGUCAUGGACCCAUCAUCUGCAAAUGAGCAGGAGCUGGUGCAGGACAUGGAUGUUGAGCAUGGAAGAGACCAAGCUCAUGAGUUAUCAAUCACUAGCGAAGCAGUCAUAGACCCAUCAUCUGCAACUUUUCAUUUGGGAGAAGCAUCAGCAGAUUUUGCAUCAUGUCCUGUUGAAGGUGUCGAGAAUCUUCACUGUGGAUGGCUAAGUGAGGAGGAGGAAGAGACGGAUCCAAAGGAGAAGGAGACGGAACCAAAGGAGGAUAGUGAUGGUGAUGAUGAUGAGAUCAUUAGACUAACUCCAGAACCUCUUUGUGAAGAACUAAAAGAGCUUCUCAUGGAAGUACGUGGACAGAAGAGGAGGAGGAGAGAAACGAGGUGGGACAAGUAAAGGAAUCAUGAGCUCCUGUAAUUAGAAUUGAAAUACAUAUUAGGAAGCUAAGUAGUAACUACUAAACUCUAGCAAGUUAGUAUUGGGGGUAAACAGGUGAAAGGACCCAUCUUGGCAUCUUUGGGUGGGUCUUCUCGAGAUAUUAUUGGUUUUUAAUAUAAGUAAUUGAUGAACUUGAAAUGCAAAUUUUCUUUA